AUGCUUAAGAUCUUGUGGAGUCUCUUAUUGACUUUUUCUGGAAGUCAAGCAUCAAGACCCUUGGCUGAAAGAAAUACUGAAUUUGCAGUGGAUCUUUAUCAAGCUAUUUGUUCAUCUCAAAAGGACAACAUUAUAUUUUCCCCACUUGGAACAACUUUGAUCCUUGGAAUGGUACAACUGGGAGCAAAAGGAAAAGCAUACCAGCAGAUAAGACAAACUUUAAAAUUUCAGGAAAACGCAACUGGAGAAGAAUUUUCUGCACUGAAGUCAUUUUUCUCUGCCAUCUCAAAGAAAAAACAAGAAUUUACAUUUAAUCUUGCCAAUGCCCUCUACCUUCAAGAAGGAUUCACUGUGAAGGAACAGUAUCUCCAUGGCAACGAGAAAUUUUUUCAGAGUGCCAUAAAACUGGUGAACUUUCAGAAUGUGAAGGCUUGUGCAGAGACAAUAAGUGCCUGGGUAGAAAGCAAAACAGAUGGAAAAAUUAAAGGCAUGUUUUCAGGGGAAGAAUUUGGUCCUCUGACUCGGCUUAUCCUGGUGAAUGCUAUUUAUUUCAAGGGGGAUUGGAAACAAAAAUUCAGAAAAGAAGGCACAGAGCUGAUGAAUUUCACUAAGAAAGAUGGUGCAACAGUCAAAAUUCCAAUGAUGAAGGCUCUUUUGAGAACAAAAUAUGGUUAUUUUUCGGAAUCCUCCGUGGAGUACCAGGUUUUGGAAUUACCUUAUAAAGAUGAUGAGUUCAGUUUAAUUAUUAUACUUCCUGCAGAAGAGGUGAAUAUAGAAGACAUGGAAAAACAAAUUACUGCCGAUCUAAUCUUAAAAUGGUUCUCUGAGAUGCAAGAAGAGGAAGUGGAAAUAAGCCUCCCUAGAUUUAAAGUGGAACAAAAAUUGGACUUCAAAGAGACUUUGUAUUCUUUGAACAUAACAGAAAUAUUUAGUGGUGGCUGUGACCUUUCUGGAAUAACAGACUCAUCUGAGCUGUAUGUUUCCCAAAUCGUGCAACAAGUUUUCUUUGAGGUAAAUGAAGAUGGCAGUGAAGCCACCGCAUCUACUGGAGUCCAAAUCCCUGUGAUCAUGAGCCUGGCUCCAAACCAAUUUAUAGCAAAUCAUCCAUUUCUGUUUAUUAUGAAGAAUAUCCCAACAGGUUCAUUUUUGUUUAUGGGGCGAGUGACAAAUCCUGACACUCAAAAUGUGAAGGGAAGAGAUUUAGAUUCACUGUGA